AUGAUUCAAUCGAAAAAAGUUCGUAGAGUAGCAAAAACGACGGCAACGAACCCCACAGAAGCUGCAAAAAAAAUUAAUGACUCAUGUGAAUUAAAUGAAUCAUUUAAUUCUUCUACUGAAUUUUUGUCUUCGUCUUCGUUACAAAUUUCAGAUAUAUCUAUACCACCAUCUUCGGACUCUCCGACACUUCUUGAUUUUGAUAUUAGUGAUGAACAAUUCGAUUCGUUAUCAAAUCAGCAACAAAAUCAAACCAAAUUUGUUGAUUACUCUUAUAGCGAAGAAGAAUUCAAAUUAAAUGAAAACGGCAAUAAUUAUAUUAACAAUGAAGAUAUAAAUUUAAACUUAGAUCUGUCGUCAAUAUCCAAAGAAUCAUCUCCUUUAGACUUGGACAAUUUCGAAUUUAGUCACUCAUUAUCACAAUCAUCACCAAUGCCUUUAGUAGAACAGCCAUAUAAACAAAUUUCUUCAAUAUCGAAAAGGUCAUCGAAGAUCGACGACCUUGAUCAACUGCAUAAUCUAGAAGAUUAUUCAUUUAAUGAACAAUAUGUAACUGCCUCUGCUUGGUUUCAAUUUAUAUCAUUCUAA